AGGCAACCGCGAGCACUCGGGAGCUGACGUGAUCUGCAAUGAUGGCUCAACGAUCUACGCUCCAUUCACUGGGAGGCUGAUAGGACGGGCCAAUCCUUAUGGCAACGGCAAUGAGAUUGACAAUGGAGUGUUGUUGCAGGGAUCAGGUUACUGUGUGAAGAUUUUCUAUGUCGCGCCUGAUCGUUAUUCGGGACCAAUCUCAAAGGGCCAGGCGUUAGGGACGUUGCUGAAUCUUCAAGAUGUUUACCCAGGGAUAAUCUCCCAUGUCCACAUCCAGAUGUGUGACAAGUCUGAUCCCACGCCUUACCUGCUCUAGACGAGAAAGAGUGCCUGGAAAAUUCCAUAAUUCCGAUCUAAUUCCAACUACUCAUUGAGGCUGAACAAUCGAUGGUGGAGUUCGGGAAGAGGGGAAUGGGCAUUGUGUGGGGGAAAUGGGGUUGGGGAGGUGGUACUGAAUCACGAAUAGAUUUCCAGAAUGCACCAUGUGGGAGGGAGGGGGUAAUUGUCUGGGAUCUUCUCCUAGCCCCCUUUCGGUUUGGAAUUUUACAUCUACCCUCCGGAAGGAGGCAAACAAAGAAAAGGUAGGAGCAAAAUCGGUUGUGAAGUGAGGUGGGGCAGUUGUGGGCACAGUGCCAUCAUUCAAUGGCAAAGUGGAUAUAGACUACCCCCCACCCCAACUCUCAUGUCAGAUCAUGCCCUCAUGGACCUCUUCCAGGCUCCUCUUAUUUUAUCUCCAUUCCUGAAGAAGGUGGGGCUUUACAAGCCCAAAUAUCACCAACAGAAGAUGUCAACCAUUCUGUGAAUGUCCCACCUUCCCCCUCCCCAAAACCCUUUCAACAUUAUCCAGCUCACCUCCUGUUCUCUCCCAAUAACACUCUUCCAUCACCCCCUUCCCUCCCUCCUUCCAUCCUCAGGGUCUGGCCUGCUUCCUUUCACCUUGAGUCCCAUUGUUAACUUCUUCCACCCACCACCUCCACCAUGUAUCUGCUGCCCUUGUCCUUCAGGAUGGUACAGGUUGUGGGUUUGUGAGUUCAGGGGGCCUUGGUAAGUUGCUGUCGCGCAUCUUGUAGAUAGUACCCAUUGAUGCUACUGAAUGCUGCUGGUGGACAGACUGGUUGUUUGUGGAUGUGGUGCCAAUCAAACGGGCUGCUAUGUAUGAUGUCAAGCUUCUUGAGUGUUAUUGGACCUGCACCCAUCCAGGCAAGUAGGAAGUAUUCCAUCUCCCCCAACACUUGGGCUCCGUUCAGUUGGACCAAACCGAUCCUGAAUCCCAGGGAAGCCAGUCUCCUCAGACUGGAUCCAGAAUGAAUGGACCCAGAGGCUGCCAGGAGGGUGAGGUAUAAUGAAGGUCACAUGGAUUGAGUAGAUAUGUCGCAGGUACGCCCAUUUCCAAUGGGAAAACCCUCCAAGGAUCCAUGAGCAACUCGAACAAUAGCUCAGUCCGUCCUUAACCAGAGCUUGAUGCUUCUCUUUUGUGCUUUGAAUGACAAAUAAAGGAAUGAAACGCUGUAAACAUU